GGGUUGUCCGUUUGCUUUGUACAGCCUCUAGCUUUGGUUCUUGCUUCAAGGUUUCACUAGUGAAUAAAAGGCCCGUUCUCAAAGGACGUAUACGAUCAUUGAUGCAAUGAUGCAAUGAUCGAUGCAUGAUCGAUGCUCGAGUAGAAAGUAACUUUAGUUAGUUACUAGAAAGUAGAAACCUAUUCCCAGAACACCCGCAGUGCAUCCCGGAGACGGAAAGAGCGGUACAUGCAACUAGCACCCUAGCCACUUCAAUCGUGUAGCGACAAGAAAUCAGCUAGUUACCCGCGCUUUGAGAUAUCCACACGUGCCAACUAGUAGUAUAAGUGCCGGAGUGCGGACUGCUGCCAAGUGACAUUCUCCAAACCUCCCAUCCCGCGCGACUCUCAAAGUCUCAUCCGUCCCAGGCCCAGCAAGUCGCAAGAUAAGAAGUGACGGCUGUGCAUCCUGCACGUUUACCUCCUUUACUCGCCAAGUUCAAGCAUCGAAGCUCUCCCCUGCUCAGUGUUAUCCUGUCGAGUUUGGAGGUGUCUUGAGUUAUUGGUAGCUGUGUUCCAGGGCGGUUGUGAAUACACUCUAGCAACUAAUACUUGCAGCACGCGGCGGUUGAGAUCGCAAGUAUCACACUCACACAGUCACAGUGCACCUUGCAUUGCUUUGACGGCCCACUGCUCCUAUCCGCUUUCAAUCUAGCCUUGACAUGGAGCUUGAAGCGAUGGAGAAGAUGUUGCCUCAAGUACAACGAAUCAACUUUGUGGACGACGGCCACCCGGAUUGUCCAGAGGACAUGAUGCUAGAGCUGCAGCGGGUCGGUGCGAAAAGCCAGUUGAUAGUUCCGCUGAAUUUGAUGGCAGACAAUAACUAUGAAAAGCUAGACAUGUGCACCAACGUGACCGCACUCAGUUUCGCGCACAACUGGCUGUGCCCACACAAGCAGAGUCCCAUAGGUCAGACAACCGGACUAAGGCCUGAUUUCGGCCAAGGUGCACUAGGUCGACUGGCCCCGAACCUGCGCGCAAUCUACCUGUCCAAGUGUGGCUUGUGUGAGAGGUGUGUGCCAAUGAUGAACUUGAGCUCUCUGACGAACCUAGAAUAUCUGAAUCUGGCCAACAACGACCUGCACGAGAUUCCUGUGGAUGUGACCCAGCUGAAGGAGCUGAGAACGCUGCAGGUGGGAGCUAACAGCUAUCUCUCUCCUACAAUGACCGAAGAGAAGUUGAAGCAGCUUUCUGAAUUGCCCGUCAUGAGCAAUCUGGAGACGUUCGACGCAAGCUUCUGCGAUUUUCUUCACCUAAAGAAAGACAGUGUGCUCUUCAAGAUCAUGCCGAAUGUGACCAACAUUGGGCUGGGUCACACCUCCAUGAGCACCGUGCCCUCGGCCUUGGACGAGAUUGUAGAGCAAAAACCGUUGAAGCUCUCCUUGCCAAACAACCACCUGACAAACCUGACACCGACCAUUGCUAAGCGACAACAUGCUCCGCAGUACAACAUCGAUGUCAAUGACAACCGCUUUGAUGUCGUGCAGCCUGACAACAGUGACGGUACGGAAACUGGGCACGGUGUAUCUGGUGGCCCCUCACCGCGUAUUACACUGCAUGAUGAGGUGGAUGAUGAGGUGGAUGAUCAGCUGGACCGUGAUCAGCUGGACCGUGAUCAGCUGGACCGUGAUCAGCUGGACCGUGAUGAUGGAGUUUACCAUGGUGGAGAUGAGGCUGGCCUAUUAGAUGAUUGGCCGUCAUCACUGCUCAUUCACCCAGGACAAGGUGAGGUCACAGGCCAAUACCAUGUCCAUGAAGCAGCUGCCAGUGACGACGAGCAGCUGCAGCUGCAGCAGCAACGGCUGAUGCUGGCCAUGAUGAUACGCAAUGUGUGGACACUGAUGUCGAGAAGGGUGCAGGGCGGUGAUGUUGAACAAGCAGUCGGUACGGAUAUCUACUCAAGAGUACAUCGCAGCCAGGAGCAUGGCGCUGACGAGCUACACGUACCCACAGGUGAUGACCACAACGGUAAUAGUGGCACAGCCAAUCAUACUGCCAGCCACACUGCAGACCACCCAGACGAUCUGAAUCAUCAUGAUCACCAUGACAACCCUGAGCAAAAUGAAUCCAGCCAUGACGAUACUGAUUUCGCUGAUAACCAGAGGCAGAGUCGAGCACCAGCUACCGUUUCGUUACUGGGAGAAAUUAUUCACUUCCUGACUGCUAUUUGCAAGUCACUUGCUGACCAAGAACAUGGUGGUGAAUCAGCGGCAGCAGACAGCAGUCCUACAAUAGGACUGCUGGCAAACAAUCCUCACGGGCGAUUUCUCGAUCCCGGUGGAUAGACGACAUCUACUACAUUCGUACAGUAGGGAUAGGAUGUGCCGGCAUAGUUGGAGGGAUUGAACUCUGACAAGGAUAUGAUACAAUGCAUACACACAAUUAGUCAUACUCUCCAUAGUGAUAUACAUGUAAUAGUAACAAUGUCCAACUCUGUAUCUUGUUACUUCAAGUACAUAGUAGCAAUCUCACAAAUCUGUUAGACAUUAGACUAAUACUGCUAUUCUCCAAAGUAGCUGCUACGCUGUACUUGUUCAUGCUUUCAAGUAGGAUAGUUGUCUAGUGUUUUCUGCCAUGUUUUGUCUAAGAACUGUCUAUGUUUCUGCUAUGCCCUGCCCCCCCCCCCCCUUCUCCCUCCUCUCCUCUCUCUCUCACACACACCCGCCCGCACGCCCGCACGCACGCACCCACAUACACACACACACACACACACACACACACACACACACACACACACACACACACACACACGCAUGCACGCACAAGGUACACAUUCAACGGGAAUAUUUUAGCGAUGUUUUCUAAAUCUUGUAGUUAUAAGGAUUCCAAUGGAUGGACAGCACUUUCAGCCUAAAAUAUCGGAUAGCCUAAGGCAAGGCAAUACAUUGUCAUAGUACUGUAGAGCAUCAAGAUUGCUUGCUAACAGAUUAAAUUUAUUAUAUGCAUAAACAGCAGUAACACAGUGGUAUCUUCUUGCUAUGUACAUUAACUUAAUAUUGCAGCAGAUUCCUUUCUAAAUACAGUAUGACACAUGAUCGGACACAGUCUUGUGUCUCGUGGCAAAUAAAGAAUCAGAAUUUCA